ACAAAAUGAAGCUGCUGCUAUCAUCGGGCAGGGGAGAGUCGGACCGACAGCAUGGGGAUUGCUGAGGCAGCAAUUUCAGUGAAUCUGGAAGCAAUCAAUUAGAAUAAUAUCACUGCGAUGAAUCCCACGUAGAUAAGCAUAGUAUUUAAAAGGGCAGCGAAAGGGAAUCCGAGGGCAAGAUACAACAGCAUGACAGGCGUCAGUGGCAAGAGCGUUGGUGUUAAAGUAGGCAAGCAAACCAGAUCAAAGGCUGCUAACACUACAGGUGCAAACCCGGUAACAGCGUCGGGUAAUAAUGCCAGCAAAUCUUCCGGAGAAGAAGACGAGAAAGAUGGUGGAGUGCUUUUCUAUGUGAAUAAAAGUGGUUUCCCGAUUGAUGAGCGUACUUGGCAAAGAAUGUGGGCGCAUGUGGCUAAAAUACACCCAGGAGGGAAAGAGAUGGAGGAGAGUAUACGAAAAGCUGCAUUUAUACCCCGGCCUCCAGUUCCAUCACUGCCAAAAUACAAGCCAUCCAUGUCAAUUCCAGAAUGGUUGCGCACAAUACAAGGCUACAUGAAGCUGCUGCAAUACAAUCACACUGGAACCCAGUUCUUUGAGAUUAAGAAAAUCAGACCUUUGAGUUGGUUAAUGGACACAGCCAGAGAAAUGACGCGUGAAUCAUUGCCAAUUAAAUGUCUUGAAGCUGUGAUUCUUGGAAUAUACCUGACGAAUGGAUUAGCAGCUGUAGAAAGGUUUCCUAUCAGCUUUAAAACCCAGUUCUCAGGGAACUGCUUUCACCACGUGGUGCUGGGUGUCUAUUACAAUGGUCGCUAUGGAACACUAGGCAUGAGCAGGAGAGAGGACUUGAUGGACAAGCCCUUGACCUUUCGAACUCUCAGUGACCUGUUUUUUGAAUUUGAAGACUCUUACAGAAAGUACCUGCACACUGUGAAAAAGGUGAAGAUUGGUUUGUAUGUAUCCCAUGACCCACACAGCUUCCAGCAGAUCGAAUGGAAACAUUUGGUUUUAAACACGGGAAAGAUGAGCAGAGAAGAGACACGGAAGGAGUUGGAAAAACAUGCUCGAGACAUGAGAAUGAAGAUUAUAAAAACCUCAGGUUCCCAGUCUCCAGUUAAAGACCGACAACGGGGAAAAUCUUUAUCACCACGCCGUCGGCAGAUGAGCCCUCAGAGACGAUUUAACCGAAGAGAUAAAUCACCUGCAAUAACAGAAAAGAAGCCAGCAGAACUCAGCACAUUGAAUGAUGUUGGAUAUCAAAUCCGUAUCUAAAGAAGCCAUGGAGUGAAAGCUGCCCUUUGAAGUUGCCUAGUGAGCCAUUCAUCUGUAACAAAUCAUGGACUGCAGCCACUCAAGAAGAAGGCACACCACCAUCUUAUCAGGAUAUGUAAGAAAUGCCAGUCAUGCCAGCAAUGCCCAAGCCUGAGAAUGAAUUUUAAAAAGUAUUUAUCGUUUUAAGAGAUAUGUUUUAUAAAAGUGAUGUUAAUCAUGAAGGACAGCAAUGUUUCCUCAAUGAAUUUUUAAGAAUAGCAUUUAAUGUUUGACAACUCUUUGAUCUUCCACUUCUUCAGUGUUGAUAAAGGUGAUUUUAAAAAGCAUGUUGCUUUACCCUGAUCAAAAGCUGCUUUGCAGUAGUAAAUAAAUGGGGCAGCAUUAGAAUUACUGCACUGAGGCCAGUGUCAAAAAUGUGAGAACAAACUGUGACACACAAGCUCCUCUGAAUUUUUUAAACAUUUUUUUGAAUGCGAAUUUUUUUAUUACUUAAUAUAUUGUGCUUGAAACC